GUUGUUGAUUUUUUUAGCAAUUGUAUCGAAAGAUGUCUGCUCCACUCGGGCCCCGGGGCGGCCCCGCCGCUCGUCCUGCGGCUGCAGAGCUGACCGAGAUGCCGGAUCUAAGCCAUCUAACCGAGGAGGAGCGAAAGAUCAUCCUUAGCGUAAUGGACCGGCAGAAGAAAGAAGAGGAGAAGGAACAGUCCAUGCUAAAGGUCAAGGAAGAACAAAAGCCUCAGCCAGCACAGUGGUUUCCCUUUAGCGGAAUUACUGAGCUGGUAAAUAACGUUCUUCAGCCACAGCAAAGGUCCCAAAAUGAGAGGGAGCCAGAAACGAAAUUACACCAGCAGUUUGAGGUGUACAAGGACCAGGUGAAGAAGAUGGGGGAGGAAGCUCAGCAGACACAGGAGCAGAAAGGCGGCGCGCCCACCUGUGGAAUAUGCCAGAAAACUAAGUUUGCGGAUGGCUGUGGCCAUAUAUGUUCUUAUUGCCAAACCAAGUUCUGUGCGCGGUGCGGUGGACGGGUGUCCCUGCGCUCAAACAAGGAGGACAAAGUGAGGAGGCCCCCCCGCGAGAAGAAGGCCAAGCUCCAGGGUGCGGCCCCAUCCCAGGGACCCGCUGGGGACGUCACCGCAUCCACGCCUGAACGGAGCAGACCUCACGGGCUCCAGCGCAGCAGUCGCUCCGGAACGGCUCGGGGCCGCAGCGCCCUGACCCAGGCGACGUGCUUGUUGACAGCAAUCCUCCUGAUGGCAGAGCCGCCGCUCUGGCAGGAGAAGAUGCCUGGCCUUCCCGUAGGCGUCCCUGAGAGACGUUUCACGGGCCCCUGUUUGGGCGGUGGCUGGCGGAGACAUACGCCUCCCCUUCAUGGAGAAAACCAGGCAUGCCUGGAGAAUCCGCUCGUUAGCGCCAUUUACGAUCCCGCGGCUAACAAGGGGGGAGACGCCUCGGAUUAG